UUUCACCAUCUGUGAAUGGCGAGGCGGCUUGUGUGAAUUGCAUUUUCAAUGUCCUAUAGCCUGCAUGUUAUGGGCAUUUAAGUGAAACUCUCUUUUGAGAGUGUAAUUUCAUGGAAUAUUUCUCUGGCACACUUAAUAUUCGAAUAUAUGAAGCAGCUGAAUUAAAACCGACAGCUUGUGCAACUCGUCAUGCGGUUGGACCAGCUGCUAAAUUAUAUGAACUUUUAGAUCCCUAUGUGACAAUCGAUGUGGAUGAUAAUGCUGUUGGUAAAAGUUCCACAAAAUCCCGUACAAAUAUACCACAGUGGAAUGAAGAUAUUUGUGCAAGAAUCAAUUAUGCUCAACAACUUACAUUUACUGUAUAUCAUGAUGCUGCUAUUCCCCCUGAUGAUUUUGUUGCCAUCGUUGAAUUGGCUUUACGAGAUGUUCGAUUUGGUGAAGAUAUGUGGUUGGAACUGGAACCUCAAGGAAAAUUACUUAUACGUAUUGAUUUGGCUGGUACGAGAACAGAUGAACCGCCAAGAGACCGUCCAGGAUUUCCUAGUCGAGAUAGUGCUAUUGGCGGCGUACAUGGGAAGCAUUAUCGUUGUGGUGCACUUCGUCGUAGAAUUCACCAAGCAAAAGGUCAUAAAUUUCAAGUUACAAGUUUGCGUCAAUUUACAUUCUGUUCAUUGUGCAAUGGAUUUAUUUGGGGUUUAUGGAAUCAAGGUUAUCAGUGUCAAGUGUGUACAUGCGUUGUUCACAAACGUUGCUAUUUAAAUGUAAUAACUCAAUGUCCUGGUGUAAAGUCACCUCCAAGUUGUCCAACAGCUGCUCUCCAAAGUCGCUUCAAUAUUAAUGUUCCUCACAAAUUCCGAAUUCAUACAUUUAUGCGUCCAGCAUUCUGUGAUCAUUGUGGUUCUUUGCUAUUCGGUUUAAUGCGUCAAGGUUUACAAUGUGAAGUUUGUCGUUUAAAUAUUCACAAAAGAUGUGAGAAAAAUGUUGCAUCACAUUGUGGAGUAAACACACGUAAUCUAGUAGCUGCAAUUCGACUAUGUGGACUUAAUCCAUCUGAUUUAGGUGUUAGCCCAUCAGGUACAACUACACUGACACCAGGACCUGGAGUUACCGGUCCAAGUCGAACUGCAAGUACUACUAUUUCUUCAGUUCGUCCUAUAUCGGCUGGUUCACGUGGUGUUGGUCCUUUCGGUGCUUACGGUGAUGUCGUUUUCUCAACUUCACCUGGACCUUUAAAACCAAGUAAAGGUGAUACCGGUUUUUCUAGUUCCUCAUUAAUUGGAGUCGCUCCUCACGAAAGAUCACUUAGUUCUCCUAUUUCCAUGCCAACAACAGAUCUCAUUGGUAGCGGUAUUGGUCGUGGUGCUCCUGGUGGUGGUAGCAUGGACAUAGAUGAGCCGAGCAGCGGAUAUGCAGCAUUAGAUCCUACAUCUGGAAGUGGUUCACUAAGCACUGCAGGACCAGUCGCUGGUCGACAUGGAAUGCCUGCUCAAAGACCAUCUUCAUUACAAGACCCUCCUGAUGCGCAUGGAUGUACCACAGCUUCACAGAUUCCUUGUUUAAUGGAUUUUACAUUUCUCAAAGUAUUAGGCAAAGGUAGUUUCGGCAAAGUAAUGCUUGCUGAAUAUAAAUCAACUGGUGAAGUAUUUGCUGUAAAAAUUUUAAAAAAAGAAGUUAUAUUACAAGAUGAAGAUGUGGAUUGCACCUUAACCGAAAGACGUAUUCUUGUUUUGGCUGCACAUCAUCCAUUCUUGACGGCACUUUAUUGUGCAUUUCAAACUGAGGAUCGUCUAUUUUUUGUCAUGGAAUAUGUGAAUGGCGGUGAUUUAAUGUUUCAAAUACAACGUGCACGCCGAUUUGACGAGGCUCGUGCAAGAUUCUACGCUGCGGAAGUUAUCUUAGCUUUAAUGUUUCUGCAUAAUCAUCAUAUUGUUUAUCGAGAUUUAAAAUUAGAUAACAUUCUACUGGAUGCUGAAGGACAUUGUAAAUUAGCUGAUUUCGGUAUGUGUAAAGAAGGCAUGAAACCGGGGCGAUCAACAUCAACGUUUUGUGGUACACCGGAUUAUAUUGCACCGGAGAUUCUUGCUGAACUUGACUAUGGAUUCAGUGUUGAUUGGUGGGCCUUAGGUGUAUUAAUGUAUGAAAUGAUGGCUGGUGCUCCACCAUUCGAAGGUGAUACAGAACAAGAUUUAUUUAAUGCUAUUUCUUAUGAAGAAGUUACUUAUCCGCCAAAUUUGAAUCCAGAUGCUGUAGAUAUUUUAUCAAAAUUUCUAGUCAAAUCACCAUCUCGAAGACUUGGAUGUGUACCAGCUGAUGGUGGAGAGUUAGCUAUUCAACGUCAUCCAUUCUUUAAAGAAAUAGAUUGGCAAAUAUUGGAAGAACGUCGUGUACGACCACCAUUUCGUCCAAAAGUUCGUUCUAGAAUAGAUACAAGCAAUUUUGAUAAGGAUUUCACUACUGAAGAACCUGUUUUAACUCCAUCGGAUAAUUCUUCAGAAUUGGCCGCUAUAGCUCAAGAUGUUUUUGCUGAUUUUGACUGUUUUAAUGUGGACUACAGUGUCAUGCGAUAUCAUACAACACGACCCAGUCAACAACAGCCAUUACAAUCUGUUAUUGGAGGUUUAUAUACAUCGAGUCCAACUUAUCCAAACAGUGGAUCUUUCGCACCAUCACCACCACCAUCAACUGUAUUGAGUAAUUCCCCCAAGGCCAUGGCGGUUACUACCUGUGAAAGUAGUAGCAGUAGUCAUGUUCCGUCCACUCCAGAUCCUUGCAAUCCUAAAACAAAUUCUCCACUUUCAUUUCUCGAUAGUGGUACAUCUUGUCUAUCUCAUUCAUCAUGUAACACUUCACGAUUGACCAUUCCAUCUGGACAAAUUAGUAAUUCUUCUAUUCCUCCUACUCAUAGUGCACCGACUUCUCCAACCCGUUCUCAUUCCAAUAUCACAGCUUAUGGCGAUAAAGCAAUGACCAAAUGGCUUGCUCAUUGAUUUAAGCUAAUUCAUCGCAUAGUGUAUCAGUGUUACGUCGUUAGUGCCAUCGUCCAUGACCUUGAAAAAUGUUUCCUGUUGAUUUCACUGAAAACUCUUAUUGGAUCCUGGUCCCAAACCCAUUAUAGUAUCUUGAGUGAAUAUUGUCCAUUCCUUCGUGUGUAGCAAUAGCAUAUGUCAGUGUUCGUACGUGUGUGUGUGCAUAAGCUCCAGUCAUUUUUCUCGUGUGAACUACGUAUUUCAUCGACUUUUUUCUCAAACCGUGGCAAUAGUAAUGGUGGUAGUAUUAAUAGUAAUCAAAUACGCAUUUUAUCGUCUUAUUAUUAUUAUCGGUAGUACAAAACGUACAUUAUGUAGAGUCUUCUGUGAUGGUUUUGAUUUUUUUCUGUCUCCAUUUUCGUCUUUUUUUUCCAUUUCUCAUAUUGGUCAAGAAGAAUACUUUAUUUUAUGUGUUAUUGUUAUAUAAUUCACUGAUUUAAUUAUUUUCUCCAUUUUUAUGUUUUAUUACAAUUGUGAUUAGUGUAUUCUCUUUGUAAUUUUAUUUUACAGUUAAUAUUCAUCAACAUAUAUACACUAUAUCCUAAUGAGUAUCACAAAUUUAAUCGAUUCUUUAAUAACCCCUAUAUAAUCUGUACAUGUAUAUGUAUUCGCAUUUACAUAUAACAAUAAAUGCUUAUUGUCAUAAGAUAAUUCAACAGGUAAAUAAAUGAAUUGACCAAAACCAUUUACUUACUAUUGUUUAUGAAUAAUAUUCUUUUUUCUUUUCUGUUUUGUUUUUGCAUUUCACUCUGUGUUAUAUUUCUUUCUGUUUUUUCAAUAUGUGUAUUUGUUUCAAAUAAUAAAAAACUUUCAAUGAAAUAAUAAUGAUAAUUAGACCAAUCUUAUUGAUGUUACUGAUAUGAUUAUGUCCUUCAAUUAUAUUAAAUAUAUGUUCAAUUUCUUGGAUUAAAGCAAUUAUUAAAUAACAGUGAAUAUUUUCCCAUUACUAAUUAAAAUAAACGUUUCCUUCCUCCGCUUCGACCAGUUAUUUGUGUAUGUUUAUGUGUAUGUGAAUCAGCUAAGCAUCCCUUGUGAAUUUACUAAUUAUCAUUAAUGCAUAUAAUAAUAUUACUCAAUAUUUGCCUUGUUAUUAUUUCUCGAAAAUAUGCAUAUAUACUUCUUAUUUCUGUACUACUUUUACUACUGUUAACGGUAAAUAGUAGUAGUAUCAUAGCUCUCUCAUUUCAUUACCAUUUUGUAAAUGUCUUCUUUGGAAUGUUGCUUGUUUUAUUUUUAUUAUUUUUUUUGCCAGUUAUUUCAAAUGUUGUCAUGGUUGUUUAUUUUCGUUCUAUGGAAGAAUUGUGUUUUACUCAUAUUGUUUCCCAUGAUUUCUUAACUUUUUGUGUAUUUUAACUUGUAACUGUCAUGAUGCAUCAUUUUGGAAUUAUCGAUAUUUAUUUCAGGAGUAAAAUUGCAUUUUUAUGUUGUUUUUUUCUCAGCUUUAUUAUCUCUACAAUAAUCUAGUUCUAUUAUUGCAUUUCCCCCUUGGUUAUCUUCAGAUGGAUUCUAGACAAAUUAUAGUAUGGUUUAUUAUUGAUAAUGAUUCUUUUGUUGAUGCGAUUUCCAUAUCAUGACUUUGUUUUCUUUUUCAUCAAUUUUUUUUACAAAAAUAUGUCCAGUGGAACCAAGUAUUAUCUGUGUGUUUGUGUGCGUCGAUGACUGGGAAUCUCUUGAAGAUCAUGCUUCCAUUUAUCUCAUUCUUUGCUCGCUCCGAAUUUAUCCAACUAGACGAAUUCUGCUUUUCUUCCUAAUAAUAACUUAUUGCAUUUUUCGAUUUCGUAGAUUUAUAUAUAUAUCUCCCAAAGUAUUCUAUUUCAAGAUUUUAUCUGUUCAUUUUCUAUGCAUGAAGUCUAGUCGUUUUAUCAAUAGGUAAAACUUAUCUGUGAGACUUACCUCCUUCCCAUUAAACAAUUUUUAUGUCCAUUUUGUGUAAAAUCCACUUCUUAUUACUUAUCUCCUCUCUUCUUUCCCUUACAAUCUUAAAAUUGGUCAUGUUAUGCAUAAAAAUAUUUUCUGCUCUUGAACCUUCUUUCAUAAUGAGAUCAUGUAAUUGUAUUGAUUAUUAUAAAGCUGCAUUGUUUUUCCUUCUUCUUCUUAUACAUCAUUAUUACACUUGAACUAUUUCAAUCAGUCAACCAGUUUGUUUGUUAAUUUGUCCACUACUUCAUCAUUUUUAUACGUAUUAUGUCUUGUUGAUAUAGUUGCCUAGCGCUCACAUACAUACAUUCUUUAUUAGAUUAUUUGUUGUUUAUUAUUAUCAUCAUCAUCAUUGUCUUCAUCUCCCCUUUCUCUCUCUGUUUCUCUGGCUACACUCAUUAUUAUUAUUGUUACUAUUAUGAUUAUCAUAACCAACAAUUGUGUUUAUUAGCCUGUCCUUUAUAUUUAUCAUUAUGCACUUAUUAAAAUCAGUAUAUUCACUUAUUAUGAAUAAUAAUAUUGUUAUAAUUAUUUUUAUGUUGCUUUUUUUUCCAUGGAAAUCUUUAUUUUUUUUUGGCUUUUGCUUGAAUUCUCUUUUUCUUCCCCCCCCCCCGCUCCUCUCUUUUCUGGUGAUGUAUUGUAUGCAUUUUAUAUUUUUAGAAAAACAAAAAAAAAUUUUUUUUUUGGUGUUUAAUUUAUUUGUUAGUUUUACUUAAUUUAUUGAUUUAUUAGUUUCUGAUUUCAUUUCUCAAAUCAUUUUGUUUAUUUAUUUGUUUAUCUUUACAUUAUUUUUGUGUUUCAUUUUUGCUGGUCAAUAUUAUAGAAAAAGAAUAUAUAUCUAUAGAAUUCUAUUGUUGUUAUUGGUAAUUUUUUUGUUUGUUUAUCAAAAUUUUUUCGAUUUGAUCUCUUAUGUAGGAUUUAAAACGGUAACCUCCUUUAUCCCCACCCCUGUCGUCACUCCAGCACAACAUAUAUAUGUAAUUUUUUUUAAAAUAAAAAAGAUGUAAACGACAAAUAUAAUGUGAAUGCAAAUUUACACUUGACUUUACAUUGACUCGAAUAGUUUUUAUGUAUAUUCAUUUCAAUGUGUACUAUCAUGUAAGUCAAUCAGAAUAAAACUUCUAAUAUGGUGAUAACCUUGUGUAUACAUUGUUAAUUAUUAAUAUUUCAUUGUUGAAUAAUGAAAUGAUAUAUAAAUAUAUGUAUUUGCUUAUACAUACCUGCAUAAACUUAACAAACGUUUUGUUUUCGUGUUAUGAGUCGUUGAUUCACUACCCCCCCCCUUCACACACACAUACACAAACUCCAUCUUCUAUUAUUUUCUGUUCAGUUUCCAGUUUUCCUUUUUUUUUGUCACUAUUUUAACUCUCGUUUAUUUAUACAUAUUGAUUUGUGCUUGAGAUUGUCUUUACCAGUUAUUAUUGGCUUGAUUCAAUUAUUUUCAUUCAUCUAUCUUUGUUCUUCUUACCUUUGAAUGAUAAUUAUUUUAUUAUUAUUAUCAGUAAUAAUGAUAACUAUGACCAGUAAUUAUAUAGAAGUUAUUUUGAUUUAUUGAAUUUUAGAGAGGAAAAAAAAACCCGUUGAAUUAGAUACCGAUAAACAUAAUGAUAUAAGCAUGCAAAUUUUGUAGUGUAUUUUUAGUGUUAAUACACAACUUCAUUUCUUCUUUUUAAUCCUUCACUCUCUAUCAUUGUAAGAGUUAGUUACUUACUUACGCCUGUUACUCCUCGUGAAGGAGCAUAGGCCGCUCACCAGCAAUUGUAAGAGUUAGAACAGUAUAUUAGUCAUAUAUUUACUGUUAGAACAUAAAAUUAACUAAACUAUAAUUUGGAAUAGUAGUUAUAGAGGUUUACCUAGAACAGAGUUGAAUGGAGAGUGCUAGUGAGCUGGUUAUGUCACUUCACAAAGGGUAAUAGGUGUAAGUAUAAGUAAGAAAUUAUAGAGGUUGUUUAAUAAGUUAAAUGACGAAAAAUCAGUUUAAUUUUAUGGUCUCGAAAAUUUAAAAAAAAUUGUCAGUAUUCUCAAACAACUAAGUUAAAUAUCUACUAACAUUUCGUUCAGUUCCACUUAUCCUUUUCGUGUUUGUGUUUUAGAGAUUUUACGAAUGUUGAAUAUUUUGUUCGUACAUC